UUCAGUUUUUGUGAUUGCAAUUUGCAACAAGUUUCCUUGUUUUCAUAGUGAGAAGAUUUCUGAAAAAUGGCUUACAAUCUUCAACCUCUCAUCACCAUUCUUGAAGGAAUCCUUGAUCCCGACCAAUCACGAUGGAUCGUUGCUGAAAACAACCCUCAACUCCAAUCUCUCCUCGAUAAAGCUACUUCUCUUCAGCAGCUUCUUGAUAAAUCUUCAGUCACCAAACUAGACAGCCAAAUAAGAGAAGUAGCACAUCAAGCUGAAGACAUCAUUGAAUCCCACAUGGUUCAUCAUCAAAUGCUCUCUGGAUCUGAUUGUGUGAGAUUUACUAUUUCCACACCCAAUCUACAGCAAGUAACACGAGAUCUUGAUUCUGUUACGGAGCAACUGGAGAAGCUCGUGGAGAUGGAGGAUACAAAGAUGCCCCAAGAACAUGAUUCUGCUGUGGAUCAAGUGUUGAAGCCCGUGGAGGUGGAUGACAAGAAGAUGGUGGCUCGCAGUUCAUCGAGUGUUGUGGUGGGAAUUGAUGCAGAUCUGAUGCAGCUGAAGGAGCGGCUGAUCGGGAUGCAAACAAAGCUGGAGAUCAUCCCCAUCGUUGGUAUGGGUGGAGUAGGUAAAACCACUCUAGCUCGAAAAGUUUAUGAAGAUUCAUUCAUUGCUGAUCACUUUGAUUAUCGUGCUUGGGCCACAAUCUCACAAGAUUACAAUAUUCGACAAAUUCUCACAAGUCUUAUUCGUUUCAUAACUGGACAAGAUCAACGUGAUCGACAUAAUGAUGAGUUAAAAGUUAUGUUGCAUAAGAACUUGUUUGGUAGAAGGUACUUGAUUGUAUUAGAUGACAUGUGGAGCACAAAAUUCUGGGAUGAGAUAAAGAUGUACUUCCCGGACAACGACAACGGGAGUCGCAUUGUGAUCACCACAAGAGAAUCUGAUGUGGCGAACUAUGCUGACUCUUCGAGUUUGCAACAUCAGAUGCAGCUGCUUAGCAAGUCUGAGAGCUGGAAUCUGCUUCGCCAACUUGUGUUUCGAGAAGAACAUUGCCCUCCUGAAUUGCAAGACAUUGGUCGAAAAAUUGCCAACGGUUGCAGUGGGCUUCCUCUAGCCAUCACUGUGAUUGGAGGGCUACUAUCUAUGAUCAAAAGGUCAGAAGAUGCUUGGGAGAAAAUUGGGAACAAUGUAAUAGCAGCAAUUUCCGAAUCAGACGAGAAAUGCUAUAGUAUAUUGUCUUUAAGUUAUAAGCACUUGCCGAAUUGCUUGAAACCAUGUUUCUUAUACAUGGGAGCUUACCCUGAAGACUUCGAGAUUAAAGGCUCCAGACUUGUACGUUUGUGGGUGGCAGAAGGAUUUGUAAAAUCAAGUGGGGAAAGAAGUUUGGAGGAAGAGGCAGAGGAUUGGCUUAAGUCUCUAGUAGAGAGAAACCUAUUUAUGGUUAGAGAAUACAACAAGUAUGGAAAACCGAAGAGUUAUAUCAUGCAUGAUAUGUUAAGGGAUUUAUGCAUUAGGAAAUCUGGUGAAGAGAAAUUUCUGUAUGUGAUGAAUGGCUCUAAGGUUAUAUUCUCUAACCCACGCCGCGUCAGAUUUGACACAUCAAAAGGAAUGGACAGCGUUAAAGGUUCAACGGAGUACAUGUCACUUACUCGAUCUGUCAUAGGCAUUGGUUUUGGGAGAAAUGAGCUUCCAUCUGGUGUCUUUUCCGCGUCAAAAUUGCUAAGGGUGUUGGAUGUAAUGGGUAUGGAGUUUGCAGAGUUCCCAACUGAAAUAUUUGAAUCUGUCAACCUACGGUUCUUAGGUGUCAAGUGCCAUUCAAGAAUACCGAAAGGAAUAUCAAGAUUGUGGAAUUUGCAAACCUUGAUUGGUUAUUGCCGGUUUGAUGCGCCAUGUGAACUAUGGCAGCUUUCUGAGUUAAGAAAUCUGAAGGUGUAUGGAUUUGAGUUGUUAAAAAAUGAGGAAAUGAACUAUUGUGUUAUGAAGAAGCUGCAAAUGAUUUCAGAUACGAAGAUAACUAAAGAGGCAUCAACUUGGGAUGGUUUCUUCAAAAGCAUUCCGAAUGUCAAAAAGUUGGCAAUCAAUGAUGAGUUCCGAAGUGCAUCCAAGGCAAUUGAUCUUAGCGAUCUUCACAAGCUCGAAAUAUUAAGAUGCAGUUAUAUGAUAACUAGUUCGAAUUGUCGUUCCCAAGUUAUAUUUCCUUGUAAAAUUCGAAAACUAGUUCUGUUUAAAUGUGUAAUAAAUUCGCGGGUGUUGAGUAGUCUGUGUGCACUACAUAAUCUGGAAGUGCUCAGGAUAAGAGGAUGCAAGUUUGAAAGCGAGGUCGGGACAUGUGAUGCAGAGUGGGAGGCAGCGGACGAAGAUGAGUUCCGCUCACUGCAGUUUCUAUAUCUCGAGUGGUUGCCUCUUGUGCGUUGGAUAACCGAUGAGACCAAAUUCCCUAGACUCCGCCACCUCUGUCUGCAUGGCUGCUCUAAUCUAGAGGAAAUCCCUAGCGGCAUUGGAGAAAUCCCAACACUCCAAUUAAUCGAGUUACAAGAAUGCAGCGAAUCAGCAAAUGCCUCAGCAAAAAGGAUUGAGGAGGAGCAGCAAUCUGAAUACGACAACUACGACCUCAAAAUUCGUAUCGCAAACACGCCCAGCCCAGGCGGUGAUCACACUUCCAAAAGGACAUAGGAGGACUCUUCAGGUGUCUCUGUAACCCCGCGUUCGACAUUGAUGACAACGAAAUUGUGUACAGAGGAAGAUAAGUGUAUCAUCAGAUUAUUGCUUCUGUUUAGACAAUUCAAGCCUGGUUUGUUAGAACACAAAAUUUGUGUUUUAGUACAGGCUCAGUUUCUUAAAAGAAAGUGUGUUUCAGACAUUGAAUAUUUCAUGUUGUUUUGUUGUGGAGAAAAUGUCUCAUUUUCAAGAGGUUGUAUGAAGUCUUGCAAGAAACUAAAUUUGAUUAUCCGUUUGAAAAUUUUUCUUACUUUA